AUAUAUAUUGUACGCUAGUUGAAUCCAAAGCGUUCUGAGCCUACUUUUUUUUUUCAGGCAUUGAGCUCCGAGUCUUCCUGCCCUAAGCUCAGCUGGCUCGGUUAGAAAUGGCGGAGGCCUACUACUCGAAGGCGAGCACAAUCUUCACGUCGAAACCGCCGCCGGUAUUCACCUUCCUACUCCUCCUUGUACUCUGCAUUCUGGGCUUCUAUACCCUGCAUUACCCACACCCUGCGCCCUCGCUCUCCAAUCCCGAGGCAGCCCUCCGCUACCGUCAGAUUUUCCUCUCCUCCGCAACCAACGGCACCCUCGCGUCCUACCUGCGCGCCCUCACUCAGCACCCUCACAUCGCCGGAACCAAAGCCUCCCUCGACACCGUGAACUACGUGCUCUCCAAAUUUAUGGACCUGGACCUCGAGACCCGUACGGCAAACUACACGGCGCUCCUCUCUUAUCCUGUGUACUCCUCGCUCUCCGCGCAUUUUAGCAACGGCACGGUCGUUGACAUCCCCUUGGCCGAACUCGCCGAGUCCGCCAACGUGGUGCGACCCUACCACGCUUACUCGCCAUCCGGGUCGGCGCACGCUAAGGUGGUGUUCGUGAACCACGGCACGGACAAGGACUAUCGUGCGCUGGGGAAGUUGGGGGUGAACGUUAGCGGGUGCGUGGUGAUAGCCAGAAGGGGUGGUUUGCCGAGAGGGGUUAUGGUCCGAAAGGCCGAGACGCAAGGGGCCUCGGCGGUGCUAUUGUAUACCGAGGGGGACAUGUUUAAAAAGGGCUUCGAGAGAGGGACAGUGAUGAGUGGAGUGGGGGACCCGCUGAGCCCCGGGUGGGCCGGGGUCGACGGUGGCGAGCGCUUGCACUCGGAGGACAGUGAGGUUUUGAAAAGAUUCCCCAGAAUUCCAUCUAUGCCCUUGUCGGCCGAGGCCGCAGAGUUCAUCUUGGGCUCGCUUGGCGGAGCUCAGUCUCCGCCCGGGUGGCCAACUGGGGUCGGCGUCGGGCCGGGCCCAACGAUGCUGAACUUCACUUACCAGGGGGAGAAAAGGGUAGAGAAUAUUCAUAAUGUUUUUGCUGUCAUAAGGGGGUUGGAAGAGCCUGACCGCUAUGUGCUGCUUGGCAAUCAUAGAGAUGCAUGGACGUAUGGUGCUGUUGACCCUAAUAGUGGAACUGCUGCCCUGCUUGACAUUGCUCGGCGAUAUGCUCUUUUAAUGCACUUGGGGUGGCGGCCUAGAAGGACAAUAUUUCUCUGCAGUUGGGAUGCAGAAGAGUUUGGGAUGAUAGGGUCCACUGAGUGGGUUGAACAAAACCUCGUGAAUCUAGGCUCAAAAGCCGUAGCCUACCUUAAUGUAGAUUGUGCGGUUCAAGGUCCAGGUUUCUUUGUUGGUGCAACUCCUCAACUGGACAAUCUCCUUCUUGAGGUCACAAAGAAGGUAAAGGAUCCUGAUUCAGAGGGUGCAACAGUGUAUGAGAAGUGGGCUGCCUCAAAUGCAGGCACUAGCAUCCAAAGACUUAGUGGAGUGGACUCUGAUUUUGCUCCAUUCGUGCAACAUGCAGGGGUUCCUUCAGUUGAUAUAUAUUAUGGCAGAGAUUUUCCUGUCUAUCACACUGCUUUUGACUCCUAUAGCUGGAUGACAAAUUAUGGAGAUCCGUUGUUUCAGCGGCAUGUAGCUGUUGCAGGAAUUUGGGGACUUCUAGCCCUACACCUGGCUGAUGAUUCAAUUAUACCAUUCAAUUACGUCUCUUAUGCUAAUCAGUUGCAGGCGUAUAAAGGUGUCUUGAGCAAGUUGGAUGGGAGUGUAUCCCUAUAUCCUCUAACAAGAUCAAUUCAAGAACUUGACUCUGCAGCUAAAGAAGCUGAGGAUGAAGCGAAGAUACUGAGACAGCAAGAAACUACAGGUGAUUCUGUAGUGUUGAAAAAGCGUGCAUUGAAUGAUCGCCUGAUGCUUGCUGAAAGAGGGUUCUUGGAUGCUGAUGGGCUUCAAGGAAGGCAGUGGUUUAAGCAUCUUAUUUAUGGGCCUCCCAGUGACUAUGAAAGCAAGCUGGUUUUCUUCCCUGGAGUAGCAGAUGCAAUUUCUCGAUCCUCAAGAAUGAGUAGAAAAGAAAGGCAAGCGGCAAUUGAGCAUGAGAUCUGGAGGGCUGCCAGAGCAAUUGAAAGAGCUGCUAAAGCCCUUAGAGGGGACCUCUCCUGAACAAGCUAUAGGAGAAAACUCACACAUAGGGAAGAGAGGGAAUCGAUAUGCCUUGACUUGUACAUAUGAGUAGUAAUCUCUCCUUUCCUGUGUUGUUAUGACUUAUGUGUGUAGUUUUUGUAAGUUGCAAUUAAAAUCUGUGAAAUAGACGCUUGCUUGCUUUA